AUGGACUCUUACGGCGAGUCUGUUCGAGCAGCAGCGUUGGCGGCUGUGCGCAUUAUUGAUCCGUUCUGUCCGUCCGACAGGCUUGAUGCAUUGUGGCCACGUGCAGCAGAGAUGGCAGUGGAUGCUAGAGAGCCUUGGCGACGGCCAAGCCUUUCGGUUAACACUGUUCGUCUGGGAAGAGACUCGAGUUUCGGUAUCAACGGUCACUGUAGGCUGGUCGGUUAUCGUCUCAGAAAUUCCACUCCACCCCAUCCUCUGGUAUUCGAAUUUAAUUUUCUAAACGGUUAUCCAAUUCAAUCCACUCAACUCGACUACAUUCAAUUACAAUAA